UGGUGACCACCGAGCAAUCGUUGGUGGUGGUCAGUAUCUGUUACAAGUGGUAGCGAACGCGCGUCACUAUUGGAGUGCCCUUUCGUAACCAGCAGUCAUAAUGAGAGUGUUCUUGCUGUGCCUCUUGUUAGAGAUUGUUUGGAGUCGGGAGAGCGACUGGCGGCCCAUCGUUCCAGAACCCUCACAAGCCUACACAAGCUAUGCCAACUUAGCCGAUAGAUCUAUAGAUGCUGGACCACAACUGAAGAUAUUAAAUAGAAGACCAAUACAAGCAUCGCACACAACGAACAAGCUGACCAGUUUCUACAAUGUUGCAUCGGCACCGUCAACAGACACAUGCAGCGUUUAUAAAGUAUCAAUGAAUCAAGAACUGCUUUAUCAAUAUUUGGAAUAUGAUAAUUUAUUACCUGAUCUUAAAGAAUUCACUUUGUGUAUGUGGACAAAGUUUCAUAAUCAUUCACAAGAUCAUCCACUGUUUUCAUAUGCAGUUGGUGAUAAUCCAAAGGAGAUUUCGUCUUGGAUUUCAAACACACAAGAAGCAAGUUACUACAGCAUGGCUGUUCAUGGACAAACCUUCUUUAGACUUAACUAUCCUCUCAAAUUGAACACAUGGUACCACGCAUGUCAGUCUUGGAACGGUAAGACGGGCGAAUGGCAGGUAUGGGUAAACGCAGAGAGAGUAGGCAGAGGAUUUCAUAACCGACUCGUGGGCCACGUCAUAAAAGGUGGCGGUGUAGCUAUAACUGGGCAAGAGCAAUCACUAUUGUAUAACAAAGACGGACUAGAUCCCGUUAUACACCAAUCUGGUUUAAUGGGCGAAAUUACAAUGCUACAACUGUACCACGUAGCAUUAACAGCAGGAAAGGCACACAAAGACCACAAACAUCACCACGUCCAUCACUUCAAACAUGACGGUACUCCAUUAGAUCAGCCAACCGAAGCAGCAACUGAACCACCACCGCCUCAACCCACUCACCUAGGCAACGGAAACUACCUAAUCGGUGGCCAACUCCAGAGAGCUCCUAAUCUAAAUCUAGCUGGAACUCAACAACAAAUGGUCCCUGUUCAACUACCGAACGGUUUACAAAUACACCAGCAGUAUGUUAAUGGUCAACUGGGCAAUCGUGUUGUAUCUGAGCAACUUUUAUCUGAAGUUCAAUCACCGAAUGGAAUAGUAGGUGCCGCGUCUCAAAUUCCUUUGGUAGGUCUUUCAAUCACACCUCUUUCGCAGAGCCCAAGCUAUUCCCCAAGGCAGGUACAGCAAAGUUCAGCGCCAACAAAAACUUCAACCGUAUUAUUUUCUAGUUCAUUACUAAACCCUGCUAACGUGCAAUAUAUCGACGGACCGUCUUCACAUAACUUAUUUAGAAGAGAUUCAAUAAAGAGAGAUAAAAGAGACAAUCCAGAAAAAGAAUUGAUUGAAGAAAAUGCUUCAAGUAAGAAAGACAAGCGAGGUCUAGUAUCGUUAUCAGAUGGUUCAAUAGUAGAUGAAGCGCUCCUGACUCCAAGCAUAGUGGACGACAGUGAGGACGCUGUAUUCCAACGAUCACUACUACAAGGACUUGCUGGAGUCGUUGGAAAUGUACCCAUACAGAAUUUACAAAAACAAAAUAGCGACGAGCGGGAACCAGCCGAGGCUGAAGUGAGAGCAGUAAUGCAAGUCUGCAGCGGCUGUGCGCAGGAGCCAUUCAAAAAGGCGCUCGUGCUCUCAUGGAGGUCAACGCCAAAGAAACUCUACAGCGGAGCACAUUAUUAUAAAGGAUUACCAAUCUGUCGAGCUUUCUGAAACCACCACGAAACACCUAUAUAAAACAUAUUGUCAUACAUCUAUGAAAAAAUAAACUAAAAAAUUUGUUUUUGUACCUUUCUUGGCAGUGGUAACUUACGGUUACUUCCACUCAAAUACAUAGUCCUUUAUUAGAAGUUUAAUAAAAAACGUCUAUUACAAAUUUAUCGUUUAUAUAUUAUCUGAUAUGUCUUCAAAAGUACAUGAAAAGCAUGUAAUUCGUUUAGAUGCUGAUUCUAU